CCGGUGCGGACGCAAGGGUCAUUGACCGUCAGUUCUGUAAAAUACGUGUUAAUUGCACAGAACAGUACGACAAACAUAUGCGAAAGAACCCGGUCUCAUUGACCCACCAUGCUCAGCUCAGUGUGGACCCAGCCCGGAAGUGAGACCAGGGUGAGAGACCCGAUGCUCGACAAAGACGAGGACGCCCCCGAUCACCGCGGGCCGGUACACGACACGGAGCCGGGAGAACCCAGGGACCAGUGGGCCCGGAAAGCCGAGUUCCUCCUGGCGAUGGUCGGCUAUGCAGUCGGACUGGGAAACGUCUGGAGGUUUCCGUACCUCUGUUACAAAAGUGGCGGCGGUGCUUUCCUCAUACCUUACUUCAUCAUGCUGUUUCUCUGUGGUAUUCCACUGCUGUACAUGGAGCUGUCCGUGGGACAGUACACACAGCAGGGACCAGUAGGGGCACUGGAAAAGAUUUGCCCUCUUCUAAAAGGAGCUGGAUUGGCCACAGUGGUGAUCACAUUUAUCUUCUCCACCUACUAUAACGUCAUCAUCACCUGGGCUCUGUACUACCUCUUUAACUCAUUCCAGGACCCAUUGCCCUGGGCGACCUGUGGUAACCCCUGGAAUACAGAAAACUGCACAACUGGUCUGAACCGGUCGCUUCUUCACAACGGCAGCACUUCACCCAGCAACGAGUUCUUCUACCACAAUGUUCUGGAGAUCAGUAGCGGGAUUGAUGACUUUGGAGCCCCACAGUGGGACCUGUCCCUCACACUGCUGCUGGCCUGGGUCAUCGUGUAUAUGUGUAUCUUCAAAGGUGUGAAAUCCACAGGAAAGGUGGUGUAUUUCACUGCAACGUUCCCGUACAUUGUGCUGAUCGCCCUCCUGAUUCGCGGCUUGACGCUGGAUGGAGCAGUGGAUGGAAUCUUGUACUUCCUCAAGCCCAAAUGGUACCUCUUGGGGACUGCUGAGGUAUGGAUCAAUGCUGCUGCACAGAACUUAGGUUCUAUCGGUAUUGCCUACGGAGGUUGUAUCGCCUUAUCCAGCUACAACAAGUUCAACAACAACGUAUUCAAGGACACAUUGAUGAUCGCGUGUAUCAACUCAGCGACAAGUAUCCUGGCGGGAUUUGCCAUCUUCUCCGUCAUGGGCUACAUGGCGUUCUUACAGGGCACUACUGUUGAAGAGGUGGCAACCCAAGGUCCGGGACUUGCGUUUGUGGUGUACCCCCAGGCCAUUGCCACGAUGCCCGUGUCUCCACUCUGGGCCAUUCUCUUCUUUAUCAUGCUCCUUCUUUUGGGGAUCGACUCUCAGUUUUGUACAGUGGAGGUGAUCAUCACCACCUUGUACGACCACUUCCAUCCAUUCAUCAGGAAGUACCUGAAGAGGAAAGAAGUGUUGGUCCUCGUCGUGUGCUGUGUGUCGUACCUGCUUGGGCUCCCCAACAUCACACAGGGUGGGAUGUACUUCUUCCAGCUGGUAGAUUUCUACGCUGCGGCCAUCUCAAUCAUGAUCAUCGCACUGUUCGAAGUUAUCGCCAUCUCGUGGAUAUACGGUGGCAACAGGCUUGCCCGAAAUAUAGAAGAGAUGACAGGAAACAAACCUUGGCUGUACUUUAUCGUUUGCUGGUACGGACUGUCUCCGGUACUAAUUGGAGGUAUCAUGAUCUUUGGAUUCAUCCAGUACACCCCUGUAAGGUAUGGCGACUACUACUACCCGGGAUGGGGGCAGGCUAUUGGCUGGGUCAUUGCGUCACUUUCAAUUAUCAGUAUACCAAUCGGGGCCAUCCAUGCACUGUUGAAGGAAAAAGGAGGCUUUGUGCAGCGAUUCAAGGCGACGCUGAAAUCGAAGAUUCCAGACCGUGGGGCGCUUAGAUUCGAACCGGAAGAAAUUGGCUCGUACCAGAAGAAAGGUCCUAGUGUACCACCAUCGUAUAACGAGAUCUCACGCCAUGAAGCUGCACCCCUCUCUCCGAUGCAAGAGAGUGCCCUUUGA